UGCUAUGUAAUAUUGGUGCUAUAAGGUUUUGUCUUUAUGGUACAACUUAUAAUUGUACAUUUACGUUAUGGUACAACUUAAAAUUGUACAUAUACUUUUUGUACAAAAUCUUUUAUGGUACAACUUGAACUUGUAUCUUUAUGUGAUGGUACAACUUCACGUUAAAAAGUUGUACCAUAACAUAAUGGUACAAAUUGCUUUAUGGUACAACCUAAACUUAUACAUUUAAUAUUAUGAUACAACUUUAAAUUGUACAUUAAAAUAUCAAUACUAUACGACAUAGUAUAAGUGCUCAAUUUUGUAAUGGUGUGUUUUGUACCCCUAUCCCUUUCGGCCUUUCCAUUCAAAAUUGUCUAUCAACGUUAUUUCCAACUUUUGGAUGGUAAUAACCUCUUGGACUGUUGGAAGUUUUGUUCAACUAGGAGUGUGAUUUGGCCGGUCAAACCUCCAAAGACGACGAAAAGGCCAGUCAAACCAAAGUUGCAGAGGGAGCUAACCCUCUUUUAUUUAAUGUACAAGAGACAGAUUAUAUUACUAUUGGUAUAAGAAUUGUAUUGAUCAGCGAUUCGAUUAGUAGCUCAAACAAACAAUUAUAAUAGAGGUUCAGUUCAUUUAUUUGUACGACUCGCAAUGGAGCUGACGAUUUUAAUGAUUUUACAUAAAAUCAGGUGAACAUCCCAGAUUUGGCUGGUCGACUGGUUAAUUUAAGUAUUAACCUUAAAAAAAUUAAGGGGAAAAAAAUUCAACGUAAACUGAGACCAUCGAAUAUGAAUUACUAAUUUUAUGUGGUCCAUUAUGGGCCACCAUGCUAAUUAUUGAUUUGAAUUUAAUAAAAGAAUAUAUGAUUUCUUCUGUGAUGUAAUUUUGAAUGAUUUCUUAGAAUUUUUUAGUGAUAAAUGAUAUGAAUUUAAUAAAAGAAUAUACAUCUUUUAUGUUAUGUCCAUGGCCGUUUAUAUUCAACGAUAUAUUAACCAACGAACGGUUCUAUAAUAAUUAACCGUUGAACCAUAAACCGCGCGCAUACAUUUUGUGUUUAGCAUCCGAUCCGAUAAUGAAACAGAGAAUUAAUUAUAACUCAUCCUCAUCGCACUAUUAAUAGAUAGGAUCAUUCGCACGAAACGGUAUCAAACAACAUCACAAUGGCAGCUGUCCACAAAAACUUACUGCCGGCGGUUGUUUUAGCGACGGCAUUGAUCGUCAUGGCGCAUCCGUCGACCCAGAAGACGAUCCAAAUUACCAACAAGUUGAGCAGCAAGAUACUGAUCGUGCAUUGUGGAUGUCAACACGUCGAUCUCGGCGGUCGAACCGUCGAGAUCGACGCCAACUACGAGUGGAGUUUCGUGCCGGAUACUUUCGGGUGGAGCGUGUUCCGGUGCAAUUUGACGGUGGAAGAUAAGCGUCUCUCUUUAGUGACGUUCGAUAAAGCUAAGUAUCACAAGGAACUUAAUUUCAAUUACUGGGUUGUGUAUGAUGACGGGGUUUACGGGACCGACAGCAUCGGCAUCGGCGAACGUUUUAUUGGUGGAUGGAAGUGAAUUUUGGAUGCCCGCAGGUUGAUGAAACUUUUGUAUGCAUCAUUGCAUACAUCUUGUAAUGUUUCUUGCUUCUCUGUUUUGGGGUUGGAAUAAAAGGAAGUUCUUACUGGUAAAAAAACAAAAAAAAACAAAAAACUUUUGUAUGCUACUUUAUUCUUCUUCAUUUUAUGAGGGGAAAAUUGGUGACAGAUCUGUAAGUUCCGACUCUCAUGAACGCCUGAUAAAUUAUGAAAAUGAAUGGUCGUCCUUCCAUCACCUCAAAUUCAUCAAAUGGAGGAAGAUAUAUAUCUUGUGGUGCAUGGACACAAACACAAAACCCUUUUAAGAUUUUCCAGGACACUCCUGCGAAUAAGGCUUGGUCAAGACGUGAAGUAGUACGAUUGUUGGUUUUCAACUUGGAGGUCUCGAUCAGACGACUCAAAUUCAUUAUACCUUUGACCUCUCCAAUAUACAAUUUUAAUUCUUACAUAUAUGGAACAAAAUAAUAAGAAAUUGUAAGAUGAUAGGCUAUAGUAAAUAUUAUCUUGGUCCCGUAGCUUAGUUGGUUAGAGCGUUGCUCUUAUGAGUUGUAGGUCACGAGUUCGAGCCCUGCCAAGAACAAAUUUAAUGAUCUCUUGAAGUUUUCUAUAUAGCAGUCUCGAUUUUAAUCAUUUUGGGUACUAUUAGUUUCUAGCUUACUCGUUAUCUUGAUUAUCUUGAUUGUCGACUUCAGUGGUGGAGGCAAGUGUCGAGGAGUGUGAAACAAAAUAUCUGUAUCUACAUCUAUCUACAUCGAUUUUCAGAGUCAUGUCAAUGCGAAGUUAUUGAAGUCGUAGAAAGUGAUAUAGAAUAAAGAACAGACCAAAACCAAAGGUGCCAAUUGAAGUCGUGCUAAGUGACAUUGAUUGUCAGAGACUUGCUCUGGAGGACAUGAAUGGCGUUGAUGUGACCUUCCUAGUAAACUACCAAAAACCUUCAAGUCUGCACAGGAUUGACAUUACUCUACCUACGCAGCAACAACAAUUGGGAUGGGGUACAUAUCUAUUAAGUAGAAGUUUCACUAAUUUUGUUGGCUGUAUUUUAUUUUUUUGUGAAAAUUAUACCAGACUAUAUAUUAGUGUACUGCUAGUGAAAGAAAUUCUCAUAUAGAUAAAUUUAUAAAAAAUGUUAGCAUAUAUAAUUAGUUACGUUGUGGUAAUCGACUCUAAAAACUAAAAUUAGCAUAACAUACAUUUGUUGUAAAAAAAAAAAAUUAGAGGCGGUUAGUCUGCCUCUAGAGAUAAAAUGUAUAAUUAUGUAACGGUAAAAUUAGCGGCAAAUAAUUACUAAUUAGAGGCACAUAGUAUGUGCCUCUAAUUAGACCAAGUGUGUGUUAUUUGGUCCUUGUGAUUAGGGCUGGGAAAAUAGACCAGACCGUUAGAAAAACCGUGGUCCAAAUCGUACCGCACAGUUUGGUCCGGAUCGUAGACCGUUAAGUAUGGUUUGGUCUGGUCUGGUCCAUGGUCUGUACUAUUUUAUGUUUUGAUCUCUUGGUCUGGUCUGGUCUAGACCGCGGUGUACCGGACCAAACCGUGGACCCAACUGACUUGUAAAUACGUGUUAACAGCCCAUUCGACCACUCUCCCAACUCCCACAACGACACUCAAGUCUCAACCUUAGUUUUGUGAAUCUCGUCCCUCCUUAAUUCACAACCACAUUUAACUAGAGAGUAGAGAUAAUCGUGUCUCCAUAUGUCAUUAUGUUAAUGUUUAUGACGUUAUGGUGCAAGUUGGGAUGCUUUUACUUUGUAUCUUUGGUAUGUACUAAGAUUUAGAGUAUCAAAAUUAUUCAUGCAUGUUAGGAUUAAUGAUUUAAAGCAAAUAACAAUUAUUUUUCCUGGUUAUUGGUUCAAUUUUUUUUGUGUUUGACUAAACAAAUUAUUCAUUUUUCG